UUUGUCAGGAGAGGUGACAAGAACAGAAAUACAUGAAGCAAGGCUAUGAAGAAAUCUUUUAAUAACAGAACCAAGGAGUCUAACUCUGAAAAAUCAAGCAUUUUAUCAGAUACCUAUAUGUUCUCAAAGAAGAUAGUAAACCUAAACCCCAAACCUUUCGUAUGUCCUGAAUGUGGAAAAUGUUUUCGCUAUCACUCAAUUCUUAUUAGACAUCAGAGAACUCACACAGGAGAGAAACCAUUCUCAUGUUCUGAAUGUGGAAAAUGCUUUAGCUAUCACUCAAUUCUUAUUAGACAUCAGAGAACUCACACAGGAGAGAAACCGUUCUCAUGUUGUGAAUGUGGAAAAUGUUUUACCUACAGAGCAGAUCUUGUCCGUCAUCAGAGAACUCACACAGAAGAGAAACAGUUGUCAUGUUUUGAAUGUGGAAAAUGUUUUACCUACAAAGCAGCCCUUGUCCAUCAUCAGAGAACUCACACAGGAGAGAAACCGUUCUCAUGUUCUGAAUGUGAAAAAUGUUUUACCUACAAAUCAGACCUUGUCCGUCAUCAGAGAACUCACACAGGAGAGAAACCGUUCUCAUGUUCUGAAUGUGGAAAAUGUUUUAGGCUGCAUUCAAAUCUUGUUGGACAUCAGAGAACUCACACAGGAGAGAAACCGUUCUCAUGUUCUGAAUGUGGAAAAUGUUUUACCUACAAAGCAGACCUUGUCCGUCAUCAGAGAACUCACACAGAAGAGAAACUGUUGUCAUGUUCUGAAUGUGGAAAAUGUUUUACCUACAAAGCAGCCCUAGUCCGUCAUCAGAGAACUCACACAGGAGAGAAACCGUUCUCAUGUUCUGAAUGUGGAAAAUGUUUUACCUACAAAGCAGACCUUGUCCGUCAUCAGAGAACUCACAUAGAAGAGAAACUGUUCUCAUGUUCUGAAUGUGGAAAAUGUUUUAGGCUACAUUCAAAUCUUAUUGGACAUCAGAGAAUUCACACAGGAGAGAAACCGUUCUCCUGUUCUGAAUGUGGAAAAUGUUUUACCUACAAAGCAGACCUUGUCCGUCAUCAGAGAAUUCACACAGGGGAAAAACUGUUCUCAUGUUCUGAAUGUGGAAAAUGUUUUACCUACAAAGCAGCCCUUGUCCGUCAUCAGAGAACUCAUACAGGAGAAAAAACGUUCUCGUGUUCUGAAUGCGAAAAAUGUUUUUUCACCAAUUCAAAGCUUGUCCAUCAUCAGAGAACUCACACAGGAGAGAAACCGUUCUCAUGUCCUGAAUGUGGAAAAUGUUUUGUCACCAACAGCGAUCUUGUCCGUCAUCAGAGAAUUCACACUGGAGUAAAACCGUUCUCAUGUUCUGAAUGUGAAAAAUGUUUUUUGACCAAAGCCAACCUUGUCCGACAUCAGAGAACUCACACAGGAGAGAAACCGUUCUCAUGUUCUGAAUGUAAAAUUUUUUUUUCCACCAAUGCAGGGCUUGUCUGUCAUCAGAGAACUCACACAGGAGAGUAACCAUUCUCACGUUCUGAAUGUGGAAAAUGUUUUUUCACCAACGCAGGUCUCGUCAGUC